AUGACUGACCGGGCUACUGAGCUUGAGGCUCUCAAAGCCGCUGCAAGCAAGUACCGCACACAGCUGAAAACGGCCGCCACCAAGGAUGAAGCGCAAGACUUGGCCCUAAGCGCAGCCGAAAGCCUCAUGAAAGCCAUGAAGUUGUCGUCAAACUCGAACGAGAGGACGCAACUCCACGCACAGUGUAUCGAAGCCAUGAACGAUGCUGAUAGUAUCAAGAAGAAUGAGCAAUGGACACCUCCAAAUGCGCCGCCGCCCAGUUCCCAAAAUGAACGCAUCAGCCACUGGGCUGCGGAAGUGACCGUACACGAUAGCAGUACCCCGUCAAAUUGGUCUCGUCACGACUCUCCUUCAAGCACUGCAUACCCAUUUUCUGAUGCUUUGUCCAGUGCACCAACUCUACAGCGACCUUCGCCACUGCUUGAUCUUUCGGACUCUCCUUUCUCUGUCAACAAAACAAGGGCAUCAGCUAAUGUAUCUCACGAAGAACAUCAGAGUGCUCAAACCGGCAAUAGCACUGAAAAUGUCAACACUGGCAUGACACCGUCUGUGCCGACCUAUCCCCCCAAUUUGCUAUCCCUGGCUAAUGGUUCCUCGUCCGCCCCCCACACCCAGAUACAUAAGUUACGGGAGCCGGUAUCCAGCAGGACUCUAACCAAAAAGGAGCAGAUUAUCUUGCUAAGGUCCUCGAUGGUCAACGGUUUCAAGUUUCCGCCAUGGGACCGGGUUCCAUCACCAGACGAGUUUCUACGCCAAGACGGCCCACACCCGUUCAUUGAACUACCUGAGCUAACUCUAUCGCCGUAUCAGCAGCAGUUCUUUCAGGCUUGGCUACCUUCUAGACAAGCCAUUCCACCACCUUCCCUCAUUCCCCACGGUAGUGCCAGUGUUGGGCCCGUGAUGUCUAGCCCGAGAGCCCUCGAUCUUGUACAGGAUGCAGCAUCAGAUUGCUCGGUAGUGACAAGUUUGUGCGCUGGAGCUGCUCGUGCAGAACGCGGCCAUGAUCAGAUUAUCCGGGAUAAACUGUAUCCAUACGACAAGCAGAGAAAGACGCCCGUGCUCUCUUCCAACGGCAAAUACAUUGCGCGAUUCUAUUUCAAUGGCUGCUGGAGGAAGGUCCUCAUCGACGAUCGCUUACCCGUCUCAAACACCUAUCGGCUGCUUCACGUUCACGACCGCCGUAACCCAGCAUUGCUAUGGCCACCACUCCUAGAGAAAGCCUACCUCAAAGUUCGAGGUGGCUACGACUUCCCAGGCAGUAGUUCCUGUAGUGACCUGUUCACAAUGACUGGCUGGAUUCCAGAGCAAGUCUUCUUGCAAGAGACCGACACUGUUCCCGAUCAGCUGUGGAAACGCAUCUACAACGCUUUCAUGUAUGGAGAUGUCCUUGUCACUGCAGGCACCGGAAAGAUGUCGAGCAAACAAGAGCAGGAAGUUGGUCUAGAAGCCCAACACAGUUAUGCCGUAUUGGACAUGAGGGAGGUAGGCCCCGACCGGCUGUUACUUGUCAAGAACCCAUGGGUAGAAGGUAAAGGCUGGCGUGGACCUCGCCCAUCGGCUGUGGCAGCCAUGGAUGCGUCUGUAUCGGACCGGGAGCCCAAUAACAGCCUCGAGUGUUACCACAAGGACAGCAUUCCGACUCCUGAGCGACCGCACCCAACAACAUUCUGGAUCGGACUGGAGCAAGUCAUACAGCACUUUGAGGGCCUGUAUCUGAACUGGAAUCCGGGAUUGUUCCAAUAUCGGCAGGACAUUCAUUUUCAGUGGAACGUCGGAGCACCAGCACCAGGUGCAUGCAUUUUCGAGCAUCCUCAAUUUGCCUUUACCUGUAAAGAAGCGGGUCCGGUGUGGUUUCUUCUAAGCCGCCACUUCCAGGACGCACCGGCGCCUACCAAGAAAGAGUCCGAUACAGUCGACGGUGGCGUCAUGCUCCCUGAGAGUCAAUUCCACACCCACGAAGAGACCCCAAAGGGUUACAUGAGCAUAUACAUCUGCAACGGACAGGGAGAUCGACUCUACGUCAAGGAUACCUACCUAGAGUCCAGCGACUAUGUCACAACUCCACAGUGCCUCCUCCGCGAUAAUGCAAAGGCCAAAUCAAGCUACACUGUAGUGAUUGAUCAGGACGAGUUGCCUUCAUCUCUCUACUCUUUCACCUUGUCUGCUUUCGCCAACACGCCAAUCACACUGGAGCCGGCAAAGCAGCGAUUCCCCAUACAAAAGCUGGAAGAGGGAGCGUGGACAAGGCAAACGGCGGGUGGUAGUACUGACUCGGCAAGGUACUUUGACAACCCUCAGUACUCACUCAUCAUGCGUGAACAGGGCUCGCUAGCGAUUCUAUUGACGGGUACAGAUCACGAACACCCUUUGCAUGUAAAACUUGCCAUUGGCCACGGUAAGAGACUGUAUCGACUCCAGAGCCGAGAUGUAUUUGGAGACUCUGGCAAUCAUCGAAGUGGAUGUGUCUAUGCAGAAAUCAAGGACGUCCAGGCGGGAUCUUACACGCUCAUCUGUUCAUUGUUUGAAUCUGGACUCACUGGCGGCUACAAACUUCGAGUGGAUAGCACCAGCGACAUGGAGCUGAAGCAAAUUCCGCGCGAGGGGGCGGGGUUGCUUUUGAUGAAGCUAGCGCCGGCAUGCUUCAGUCCAAGCAUCAACAAAGUGGCAGCGCCGCUGCGGCUCAUGCGGCUGGCUUCGUAUACCAUCAUUGCCCGCUUCAUGAAGGCAACUAGCCCUCGGGCAACGGAUACGGACAAGCUAGCCCGGAGUCCGCUACGGCUCUGUGUUGAGAUUGGUCGAGGCCCGGAUCGCAAGUUCAUUACCGCUAGCGAAGGCGGAUCUUACGCCGAUUCUGCCAUGGUUCGGUCCGAGAGCGUUAACAUCGAUCCGAAGCUGGGCAUGCAGGGAGAAGUCUGGCUAGUUCUGGACAGGUUGACUAGCGCUGGGGGUCCUGUGGAGGAGUGGUACGAUGUCGAGAUCUAUGUCGACACGCCCCAGGCAUGUGAAGUGGGUGUUUGGCGGGAUUACAACUGA